AGUACCCAAAUCUUCUGGAUAAUCCCCCCCGGCCCCCCUCCCAACAAGGAAACACCUAAUGUUGCACUCAGUGACUCUGCUGCUGCUCUCCAGUGAUCUAUCUUUACGCUGGGAUUCAAUCUCCAACUUACCCCCGGAGUCGUGCUGUGCGUAAAAAAGGACGCGCGCGAGGGGGAGCGAACGCGAGAGAGAGAGAGAGAGAGAGAAAGAGAGAGAGAGAGGAGGGGGGCGACUCCGCCAACCUUUUCCCGGGGCUCUAAAUCUGUGGAAGCAGGUGUAUUUCUGCGAGUCAAGAUGUCCGUGCUGCCUUCGAGGUUCCUCUACCUGUGUUUACACUUGCUGGUUCUCUAUUUCCAGCUACAGGAAUGCCAAAAGACCUCGGCCGAUUUCAGGUUUUACAUCGAGAACCACACCAGGAACCCGGACGACCUGAGCCGCAAGCAGGUCCGGAUCUACCAGCUCUACAGCAGGACCACGGGCAAGCACGUCCAGAUCUUGGGGAAGAAGGUCAACGCCAACGGAGAUGAUGGGGGCAAGUAUGCUCUCCUCGUGGUCGAGACGGAAACCUUCGGCAGCCACAUUCGAAUAAAAGGAAAAGAGAGCGAACAUUACAUCUGCAUGAACGAGAAGGGCAAGAUAGUCGGAAGGCUCGACGGACGGAAGCAGGAGUGCGUGUUCGUCGAGGAAUUCCUGGAGAACAACUACACGGCGUUGGUGUCGGCCAAGUACAAAGGAUGGUACCUGGGCUUCAACAGGAAGGGGCGGCCCAAGAAAGGCUCGCGGACCACGCAGCGGCAACAGGAAGUCCACUUCAUGAAGCGCCAGCCGAAGGGCCGGCCGGACCCGCUGGAGGAGUUUCGGUUCACCACGGUGACUAAGAGGACACGAAGGGCUCGGCGGAUAAAGCCCAACAAGAGGAACUGA